UAAUAUUUUCACGUGUUAAUGGCGUCCAUACUAUUAAAAGCAAAAUCUUUAAAAGAUCAAACAAAACAUUUCAGCAAAACAAAAACGUAACGAAGACCACACAAAUGGAACAGUUGUCGACGAUCGUUAAAUCUAAAUCAAAUAACGGCAUAUCUUUAAAACCUAAGAAGAAUAAGAAAAGUAUAAGCGAUGGUGAUUUCACACCCAAUUUGGUGAAGAAGCGAGGAGUAUAUGUGGACAGAAAAGUGUUUAAGUCUCCUUUGUACACACAAGAAGCGAAUGACUACGAAACAAAUCGAAGACCUCCGCCAAGACCGAAACCUGGACAGAAAAGGUUUCUGGCUUCCAUUUUAAGAAUACUCUCGAAAUCAACAUCUGGUACACAAUAUCCAGACACCCAAGACCAAAAGGACAUUAAAAACAGUAAAGGUAGAACACGGUCUGGACUUAGACAUGAAACAGAUCCAAGGACUGAGAAACCCAAUAAACAAGGUAAGUAUAAAUCAAGAAUUCUAAAUAAAAACAUUAAUAACGACGACGAUCAAUUCAUUAUCUUACAAUCGACGAAAGAAAUAGCACAAACGCCGUCCAAUUACUCCGAAGCAUUUAGUAUAAAAGAGGAGAAAACGAAGGUACACCCAAUUAGAGAUAUUUUGUUGAACAAUGGAGUAACAAAAAGUAUAGCGAGAGAUUUAUUAGAGGAGGGACCAGUCAAAAAAGAAAAAAAAAUAAGGAUUAAAGAUGAACCAGAAACAAUAGCUUCACAAAUAGCGAAAGAGGGGGAGAAAAAAAUUUACAAUCUAUUCGUUGAUUUAUUAGAAAGCACUUUCAAUUCUUACAAUCUUAAAGAUCAAACACUAAGCGAAUCGAAUACCGCAUUAGAAAUAAACGAAUCGGUAGCAAAAAAGCUAACAAUCACAAAUAAAUUAGAAUCAAAUGAUCAAACAAAAAAUUCAGUAAAGAAAACACCAAUGAAAACAACAGAACACGAAAAACAACAUUUUGAGGAGCCCAUUAAUGUAAGAUUUUCCAAUCAUAAACCUCUAAAACGCAUAAAUCCUAGAGUUUCGGUAAAAUCGUGUGAAUACACAUGGAAUACGAAAAUACCAGACACACACAGCUUUCCAAGUAAAAAGAGAUCCAUCAGAAACAACAGAAAAAGGAAUCUGAUAAAUAUCUUCAAAGACGAAUUACAAAAGCCAACGUUCGAAGAACCGUCAAAUUUAUUCCAAGCUCUAAAAGUAAUGGCCAAAAAUAAACAUAAGAAAUAUGUGUACGAGAAAAAAAAGCAUAUACGAGCUGACGAUAAUUUAGACAGACAUGAAUGUGUGCUCAAAAGACGUAUGAUUAUAUCAAUGAAACCAAAAAAAACACCAAAAAUCAUCGAUCGUGAUAUAAUCGGACAGAAAUAUUCUGAGUACAAUUCAAGGUUUAAGAAAAGAGAAAGGGAUACGAUAACACCUUCAGAGCAUUCGAUUAAAGUUUACGGAUUUAAUUACGAAGAAAUCGAGGAUAGAAAAAACAUACCACACGUUAAAAGCAAUGAAAAACUGAAGAAAGAAAACAAAACUCGUACAGUUGCGUCUACAUUUUCACCGUUUAUUAUGCAAUCGAAUUUAGAUUAUUAUACCCUUUUGCAAUUCCCUGAUCGCUCUUCAUGUGAUUUUAUUUACUAA